AUGCUUGAAAAGGUUACACCUUCAACCAAUGAGGUCCCCACUGCGACAGGGCCUCAGGACCCGGAACCAGAACAGCAAAAUGGUGUGCGUAUCGCAGAAGCCGUGACCAAGUCAUGGUCCAAAAGCACUUUGAUCCAAGUGUAUAUAUGCAUGUGGCUCAUGUAUUUUGUACGAGCGCUAAAUGGAAGCCUGACAAGCAAUCUAGCGCCAUACAUCACUAGCGAUUUUAGUAAUCAUUCGCUACUCCCUGUGAUACAAAUCGUGGUUAGCAUUAUGAGCGCAGCAUGCACUAUGCCAAUUGCCAAGCUUCUCAAUCUAUGGGACCGCACCAUUGCGUUGAGUCUCAUGCUCCUCGUUUCUAUUAUUGGCCUCAUCGUCAUGGCAUGUUGCCACAAUAUUACCAUCUAUUGCGUUGCACAGGCGUUUAUCACUGUAGGCCUUACUGGCCUCAUAUUCUCCCUAGAUGUGUUGACUGCGGAUACCUCCACGGCCCAGGAUCGAGCCCUCGCCUUUGCCUUCACCUCAUCGCCAUACAUUAUCAUGGCUUUCGCCGGAGCACCGCUCUCGGCAUCCUUCAACGGACUCAACUGGCGCUGGGCCUACGGUACUAUUGCCAUUCUCCUACCCGUGGUCACCGUGCCACUGAUCAUCAUCUGGGAGCUCGCCAAAAGAAAAGCCCAACAGACGGAAACACUGACGCCCGUCCACGAAGAACGUUCCUUAGCUCAGAGUAUCCGCCACUACAUCAUUGAAUUUGACAUCCUCGGCAUCCUCCUCCUCAUCGCCGGCUUCUCCCUCUUCCUACUGGCAUUCGCACUCGCAGGCUCCCAGCCCCAGAAAUGGCAUUCCACGCAUAUUAUCUGCAUGAUCGUCAUCGGCGGAGUCACGAUCAUAGUCUUCGCCGCUUACGAGCGCUUCUACGCCUCAAAACCCUUAGUCCCUUACCACCUCCUCGUGUCACGCACCGUGACAUUCACCUGUCUCCUGAACCUGACCUACGUCAUCGCCGCCGACUGCUGGGCCAGCUACUUCACCUCCUUCCUGCAAGUCGUAUACCACGUCUCCCUCACAGAAGCAGGCUACGUAGUGGCAAUCUCCAACCUAAUCUCCCCACUGUGGCUCAUCGGCGUCGGCUUCCUCGUCCGCUGGACCGGCCGCUUCAAGUGGCUCCUCCUCUGCGCAAUCCCAGUCUACCUACUCGCCAUCGGCCUCAUGAUCUACUUCCGAUCCCCGGGCCAUAGCAUCGGAUACAUAUGUCUCUGCGAGGUCCUCAUCGGCCUCGGGACAGGGACAAUCAUCGCCCUCGAGCAAACAGCCGUCACUACCGCAUCCGAACAUAACGACUAUGCAUCGAUGCUAGCUCUCCUGGGCUGGGUGGGUAGUAUCGGCGGUGCGAUUGGAAACAGUAUCUCCGGAGCCAUUUGGACAAACACCUUACCCCAGAAGCUGAGGGAGUUCUUACCGGAGGAUAUGAAAUCGCAGUGGAAGGAGAUUAAUGAUUCGUUGUAUGUGCAGUUGAGCUAUGAGGUCGGCUCGCCAACUCGUGUGGCUAUUGAGAGGGCGUAUGCGGUCAGUCAACGGAAUAUGUUGAUUGCGGGCAUCGCUUUUAUGGCCUUGACUAUUGUGUGGGUUAUGGGGAUUAAGGAUGUUAGGGUUAAGGGGAGGGAUAAUAAGGGGAGAGUGCUUUUUUAG